CGAAACUACUUUCCACGUGCCCAAGUUCAAACCGUAGCCACGGAAACUAUACGUUAGAAAUCUAUCGUUCGAAACUUCCUACUCUUCUGUACAGAAACAUGAGCUCUAGAAACGCAUUUCAUGGAUUGAAAACAGAUGAUUCCCGGUGACACGAAGCGUCCAAGAUUUAUGUUCUGAUUUGAUCAGAAGAACAAUAGCAUUUAAUAGUCUGGUAGAUACCAGAUUCCGGUGAAAUAUGACAAUAUCCUACACCAGAGAGGUAGCUACCUGCACUGGUUUAGGAGCAUUCUGGAAACUUCUCUUCAAAUGGAAGGGAAGCGUUUAUAAGCUGGUAUGGCAGAACCUACUCUUGUACAUGGCGCUGUAUUUCUCUUUGUCUAUACUGUACAGAUUUGGCCUAAAUGAGCCUGGAAAGAGUAAAUUUGAGCAGAUCACCAUGCAUUGUGAAAGAUUUUCUGAUCUGAUACCUGUCACCUUCGUUUUAGGCUUCUACGUUUCAAUAAUCAUCACAAGGUGGUGGGGACAGUACAAAGUGAUCCCUUGGCCUGACUCCUGCUGCCUGUUUAUCUCUACCUGUAUACAGGGGCAAGAUGACCGUGGAAGAUUGAUGAGGAGAACGAUAGCUAGAUAUUUAAUCCUGGCUUUAAUACAAACCUUGAGGAUGACAAGUGUCCAGGUGAAGAAAAGGUUUCCUACACUGGACCAUGUGUGUGAAGCUGGCAUAGUGACAGAAAACGAGAAGAAAAUUAUAGAAGAUGUCGAGCAAAAAUGUAUCCAGCACCCUAAAUACUGGAUGAGUUUGGUAUGGGCUGGAGCCGUUGUAACAAGAGCUAAGAAGGAAGGACGAAUAAAGGAUGAAUUUACUUUUCAAGCAAUAAUCACAGAAAUAAACAAGUUCAGAUCAGGAUGUGGAGGUUUACUUGACUACGAUUGGAUAUCGAUUCCCCUAGUUUACACUCAGGUUGUAACCCUUGCAGUUUACUCUUUCUUUGUUUCCUCCUUGAUGGGUAGACAGUUUCUAGACCCAACCAGCAAACUAGCAGGACAUGAGGUUGAUUUGUAUGUUCCUGUUUUUACAUUUCUUCAAUUCUUCUUCUACAUGGGAUGGUUGAAGGUUGCUGAAGUUCUGAUCAAUCCAUUCGGGGAGGACGAUGAAGACUUUGAGAUGAAUUGGUUAAUUGACAGAAAUCUGCAAGUUGCAUAUUUAAUCGUUGAUGAUAUGCACGCCGAGCACCCUGAGCUUGUCAAGGAUCAAUACUGGGAUGAGGGUGUACCCGAUGAACUACCGUACACUGUUGCAUCAGAACAAUUCAGAACGGAUGGUAUGGGUCUAGGAUCAACUGCUGACGAUGAACUAAGUCCAGAAGAUCAAGAGAUUAUAUUAAUGGACAGGAUUGAUGAGGGUGAGGAGAGUGAUGACGAUCAAAUCAAGAUGAAGAUUGCUACUGAACCAGUUACUAUUGGGAAUGGUGUAGGGAGUAACAGAGGUUCGCUUGCUGAAAGUCAAACACUACGGAAGGGUAGUGCAGAGAAUAGAGGUUCUAAUAGAUCUGUGAUGGCAAUGCUGCAGUCUAUGAUUAAGGGAGGAUCAAGUACUAAUCUAAACAAAAGAAAUGGUAGUUCAGCUAGCAUUUUUUCCACAGCUACAAAGUAUCCUAACCGGCAGUUAAGAAGACGCAAGAAAACUUACGCAUCCAGAGCUUCUACUCUGUCCUCUCCUCGUAAUAUGUCAAGGGUACAAACUAAGGAAAAUGAAAUUUUCAAAAUGUCCAGUAAUUCAUCUGUUAAUACUUACCAUUCAGAGUCAGAUUUUCCCAGCCGAAGUAAUAGUGACGCGCAUGCGCUCAAAGAAGUACGCGAUUUGCUUAAGAAUGAUCUGAACAAGUAUCAUGGAACUCUUAGAAGUGACGCAGCACUAGUACUUAGUUUAGAGGGAAGGGACUUACAAGGAUCUCAAACUAGUAUACAGAGCCCUGAUGCUAGCGGAGUUAGUCUAAAAAAUCGCCGGAAAGAACACAGGCAUAAGCCAGAUGCCCUGUAUCAAACCAAAGUAUUAAGAAAACGAUUAGAACAGGUUCAAAGUCUGCAGAGGGAAUUGAUGAAAGAAUUAGAUUCAGAGUUGAAAUAUUCGUCCAAGGACCAUUCUAUAUCAUUCGAUGCUUCGGAGAUGGUUAACAUGCUCGAAAAUAAGACGUCCGAAGUGAGAGAAGCAAUGAAAAGAAAUAAAUCCUACGAUGACGCAGAUACAGGAUGUAUGAGUCCAACACUUGAUAAUUCUCCGUUCCAGAACUUCUCUGUUCCUCUGCCAGGACACAUCUUAAACAGUUCACAUCUGGCAAUAGGUGGAUCACAUAAGAAUAGAAGCAGAAAAAGUUCUGGCAUAAGUAUUACCCACCAGAUGUCCUUCCAGCAGCCGUCUCCUGGCCCCAGCUCUCCGACAGAAGAUAUAGUGGCGCCCCCUAUUACCUACCUCGGUGUACCGCUGGGCGCAUUACCGCAAUCUUUAUCCGGUCACAAUGUUCUAACUCCAGCUGCGGCACUUUCCUCUCAUAAAUCCCUGACCCACUCACAGGACUUGAUUUUUGACAUAGAUCCACUGUACACUACACAAGAACUUACAAGGGAUGGUGGAGAUGGAGGUAUUGGUGGAGAAGGAGUUACCUCCGAACCUCCUGGCUCUGAUCUGCCUCCAGAGCAGGAGGAGGAGGAGGAUGGAGAACCCUGGGAUAACUGGGAUCAAAGUAAUCUUGGAACUAUUCAGGAGCUACCUGAGCUUGGCUACCAAUCAGACAGCUCUGAUACUGAUCAGCUGCUCCCGAAGUCAAGGAAGCUCUCUCCAACAAAGACAAAGACCUUGGAGUCGGAUUCCCUUCAAACCGUCCCGGAAGAUAAACCGAUCUAAAACUCAGGAAUUGGCAAGCAAUACUGCCGCCUAUAGCUUUUGAAUCAACAAUGGAAGACUACUAAUGGAAGACACAAAUAGGAAAAUUAAAUUAAAGCAAAAGUUUUUUUCCUUGGGAAUAUUCCUAAAUGGCAUUUCCCAAAAUAUUUACGUUUUCAUUUAUAAUUUGUUAGUAAGUGAUGAUUAAUGCAUAUUGGACAGAAAACUUUCAUUUUAUAAAUGAAAAUUUUGGAGUAGGUUAAUUUCGUUAAAAAAUUACGCAAUUUGGUUACUUUGUACUUUUUAGGAAAGUGGGAAAAAAUUGUUUUCAUUAUAUAUAG